UUAUCCCCCCAAUUUCAAAUUCUAUAUCUAUCUAUGUAUCUCUAUCUGCAAUCAUUUCAAUUAUUUUCCCCCAAUUUAUCUGUAUACCAUACAUACAACCUAUAUACACAACACAACACAACACAAAUACACGUUACUAACUACACAAAAUUUAAUUGAAUCAACAUCUGACACGUGUCACCCCAUCGUUACCGUCACGGUACUCUUAUCUAUACAUACACUUUUCUUUAUAUCUAUAAUUCUAUAUGUACAUGUGUACUCAGUUUUGUUCAAAUUGAUUAACAGAUAUUUGAUAGUUUAUUGGCCUGUUUAUAGAGAAACCUAUUACCUAGGGUGAAUAAAUUGUAAGUGAUUACAAAAUGGAUAUUAGUAGUGAGGCGAAAGUCGACCCGUUUUCGAUCGGGCCGUCCUCUGUUAUCGGCCGGAGUAUAGCGUUUAGGGUUUUGUUUUUCAAGUCAAUGACACACUUAAGGCAUCGGAUUAUGAAAUUAUUGGUUUAUUACUUUAGGGUUGUCAGAGGUUAUGUGUCAGGAACUAUUGUCCCUGUGAUUUCGUGGCUGCAUCCGCGAAAUCCGCAAGGGAUAUUAUUGUUAGUUACGUUAAUGGCGUUUUUACUUCGGCGUUGUACCAAUGUGAAAGAGAGAGCCGAAUUAGCGUACAAGAGGAAGUUUUGGAGGAAUAUGAUGAAGGCUGCGAUUACGUAUGAGGAAUGGGCUCAUGCUGCUAAAAUGUUGGACAAAAUGAGUCCUAGAUUGAAUGAAAGUAAUCUUUAUGAUGAAGAGCUUGUUAGGAAUAAACUGCAGGAACUUAGGCAUCGUCGUAAAGAGGGGUGUUUAAGAGAGAUAAUUUUUUGUAUGCGAGCCGAUUUAGUUAGGAAUCUUGGUAAUAUGUGUAACCCUGAGCUUCAUAAGGGUAGGCAUCAAGUGCCAAAGCUUAUAAAGGAAUACAUUGAUGAGGUAUCGAUGCAGUUGAGGAUGGUUUGUGAUUCGGAUUGUGAGGAACUUGUUUUGGAGGAGAAGCUUGCGUUUAUGCACGAGACGAGACAUGCUUUUGGAAGGACGGCUUUGCUUUUAAGUGGAGGCGCGACUCUUGGAGCUUUUCAUAUUGGUGUGGUGAAAACAUUAGUUGAGCAUAAGCUUUUACCACGGAUUAUUGCAGGGUCUAGUGUAGGAUCCAUUAUUUGUGCAGUUGUUGCCACUAAGUCCUGGCCGGAACUUCAGAGUUUUUUUGAGGAUUCAUUGCAUUCUUUUCAGUUUUUUGAUCAAAUGGGUGGGAUUUUUAAUAUUUUUAAAAGGGUUACGAGACUAGGAGCGGUUCAUGAUAUCAGACGUUUGCAGGUGAUCUUAAGGAAUGUGACAAAUAAUCUUACCUUCCAAGAAGCUUAUGACAUGACGGGUCGGGUUCUUGGGAUAACCGUUUGCUCACCAAGAAAGCAUGAACCUCCGAGAUGUCUUAAUUACUUAACUUCACCUCACGUAGUUAUAUGGAGUGCAGUUACUGCGUCCUGUGCUUUUCCGGGACUUUUUGAAGCUCAAGAGCUCAUGGCAAAGGAUAGAAGUGGAGAAAUUGUUCCAUAUCACCCACCGUUUCACCGGGGCCCGGAAGAGGCCGGUCGCAGCUCUACACGUCGCUGGAGGGAUGGUAGUUUGGAGAUAGAUUUACCCAUGAUACAAUUGAAAGAGCUAUUUAAUGUAAAUCAUUUUAUUGUGAGUCAAGCAAAUCCUCAUAUUUCACCCCUACUCAGAUUGAAAGAAGUUGUGAGAGCUUAUGGAGGCAGCUUUGCUGCAAAGCUUGCUCAUCUAGUUGAGAUGGAGGUGAAAUAUCGAUGCAACCAAGUCUUGGAGCUUGGGUUCCCGUUAGGAGGACUUGCAAAGCUGUUUGCUCAAGAUUGGGAGGGUGAUGUCACUAUUGUUAUGCCUGCUACCUUAGCUCAGUACUCAAAAAUUAUACAGAAUCCAUCUCACUUAGAGCUUCAAAAAGCUGCAAUUCAAGGCAGGAAAUGUACAUGGGAAAAGCUUUCAGCCAUUAAAGCCAAUUGUGGGAUCGAACUUGUUUUGGAUGAGUGCGUUGCAAUUCUCAACCACAUGCGUAGGCUUAAAAGGAGUGCAGAGAGAGCUUCAGCUACUCAUGGGUUAACCAACAUGGUCCGGUUGAAUGCAUACCAACGAAUCCCAUCGUGGAAUUGCAUGGCUCGUGAGAACUCAACUGGGUCUCUAGAGGACCUUUCUGAUGUGACUUCCUCUCUCCACCAGGGACUUGGUGGCCGCAGCUGGUUGCUCAACCACAAUGCACAUGAUGGAAGUGAUAGUGAAUCAGAGACCGCAGAGCUGAAUACUUGGACAAGAUCCGGUGGGCCUUUGAUGAGGACAGCUUCAGCCGAUCAGUUUGUUGACUAUGUUCAGCACUUGGAUUUUGACUCCCCCACCAACAGAGCAAUGCCACCAAAUCAAAACUUGAGGGUGACUGUAAUACCUCCAGAUAGAUGCUCAGAUAUAGAAUCUGAUCAAAGGGAGAUCAACAAUAGAGUUCAUACUAGCAUCACCGUUUCUGAAGGUGAUCUUUUACAGCCUGCGAUGAUCCAUAAUGGCAUUGUGUUCAAUGUCGUUAAGAAGGGGGAUUUGACUCCAUCAAAUAGGAGCCAUGAUUCAGAAAAUCACCACUCGCCUUCAGACAUGGUUGUCGAAUGUGUGCAACUAGAUUGUCCAGACAAGGAGAUGGAUGCUAGCUCAGGUUCUGAAAAUGGCGACUCCGAUAACUGUAAUGAUGACGAUGUAAAGGAACCAAAGUCUACUUGUGACCCGAAGGAUCAUAGAAAUCCUAUAGAUGAUCAAGAUGGUAUCCACGGAUAUGUUGAGGGUCAUUAACUGUUUGCAAGUUUGUUAGUGCUUAUGCUUCAGGUUUUCAAAAUUUGCUUUGUUAGCCUGAUAAUGUACAUAAACCAAAAGCUCUGCAUUAAAAACUUAUCUCAAAAAGCUCUCAUAAUAUGAUUACAGACAGAAGUGUAAAUAUAUACUCUUUAGUCUUCUUUUCCAAA